GAACAAAAUACUCCCGGGGGAAACUGAUCUUAAACAAGAAAGAAAGAAAAAAAGAGGAGGGGAUCAAGGAAACACGUAUGAAAAUAAAAAGAAUCUCGACGAUAUUUUUAUUUGAAAUUUCCAUAUGAAAUUGUGAAGUCUGUACGGUAAUUUUAUUCCAUUUUGAUGUACGGUAUAUUUUGUCUGUCUCUCCUUUGCUCAAGCACGUCAAGCCUCUUCACCCCCUUACGUCAAAGAGAUGAAUUUCAACGGAAGUCAAGCAAGCGUCAGCCAAGACCUGACGGAGCGAACAUUGGAAAAAUACGUCUGGCGUAAUGCAGUCGACUGGAUAAAUUCGAGUAUCGAUCGUAGUAACGACUCUUUGAUACCAUCAUUUGGUGAUGGUGCCGAUUCGUUUUGGACCAAAGAACAGCUGAUCUUGAUUGAAAAUUUCCCGGCAAAUGCGUUUAUCGUUAUGGGAUUGAUCGUCUCAGUCAUCGGCAUCGUCGGGCUUGUGGCUAAUGGAAUGGUUUUACUCAUCUUUUCGAGAUUUAAACGAUUGCGAUCACCGCCAGCCAAUACGUUCAUCAUCAAUUUGGCGCUUAGUGACAUGUCAGCCUCAGCCCUUCAUUCAAUGGCUGCUUAUUCAAAUUUCAAUGGACGAUGGGCCUUUGGACGAUUAGGAUGUGAACUCUACGGAAUGGGAAUCGGAUUUUUCGGACUUGUUUCAAUUCUGACAUUCAGCGCCAUUGCGUAUGAACGGUGUCUUGCCAUCGCUGGUCCAGCCACGAGGUCGUCAGCGGGUUUAGCAGAUGGACACUGGAAAGUGACUAGAUCUCAAGCUCAAAAAGUGUGCGCAUUCAUUUGGCUCCAUUGCGGAAUGCUCGUCAGUUUGCCUUUCUUCGGAUGGUCCGCAUACGUUCCGGAAGGACUGCUCACUAGUUGUUCGUGGGAUUACACGACGCGGACAGCAUCCAACCGGGCAUACUACAUUCUACUUCUCACCACUGGAUUCUUGCUUCCCUUGUUGCUUAUUUGCGCAAGUUAUGGACGCAUUAUGGCAUCUGUCAUGUGGCACGCUCGUCAAAUGGUUUGCAUCAAUUCGCAAAACAGCGCCUUCCGCAAAUUACGGCGACAGACAGAAAUCCGAACAGCUCAGAUUGUUGUGACGCUCAUCUUUGUUUACCUGACAGCCUGGACACCCUACGCCGUCGUGACGCUAAUUGGACAAUUUGGUUCAGAAGAUUCACAACUUUUGUCACCCAUGGCGACAGCUAUUCCGGCCUAUUUCGCCAAAACAGCCGUCGUGCUAGAUCCUUUAGUUUACGGAUUUUCUCAUCCGCAUUUUCGCAACUCGCUCAGGCAUUACCUGGCCAACUUUGCUGAUCACAACAAAAAAUUGAGUUCAGGUGUUGGUCACAAUCGUGGCGGAAUUGAAUUGUCUCUGCAUCAAAAUGUGAACAGCAAAAGUUGGCCAGGAGGACGUCAAAACAGAAGUUCCUGUUGCAGCAGCUACCAAUCAAGGGGCAUGACUAUCUAUCCAACAGCAAGCGCUUUUUGUCGAACUAUGCAUGGCGUCGAAAGUAAACCAACAAACCAACGUCGAAUGCUUAGGACUUUUCGCGAUUUAUCAGUCGACUCUGCUGUGAAUUUUAAAAACGGAUUCGUGCCAUCUAUCGGUCAAUUGAAUAACCGAGGUAAGGCAAUAUCUAAUGGCGGCGAUUUAGAAAUGUGUAACAAUGCAGUAGCCGUUGUAUCGCACAUUCAAGAAGGUGGGCAAAUCAAUAAAUCCAGUAAUGUGGAUGAAUCGAUGAACAAAGAAGUGCGUCGCAUUUCUACUUCUGCUAAUCGUCAACUUAUUCAACAGUCUGCGUCAACGGCUGUUUAUAAUUUCAAGCGUGUGCAUAAUGCUGAAUUCCAUGGUGAUUGCCCAACCGACUUAUCGGUAGAGGUCGUUGAAGGUCAACCGGAGGAUAGCCGCAAGUGAUUUGGACGCGUGACAACGUUGCGUGAUAUUUCCUUUCGUGAUAUUUGGAUUCAGAAUAAUUUUUAUCAUCCAUUAUUGUUUUGAACGAAAUAUUUAAAAAGAUUGUUGCCUAGUCCAGUCAGUACGAUGCAUUUCAUAUGUUCCUAUUGAAUGAAUAUUUUUCAUUCUAGGAUUUGUCCGUCUCUUAUGUAAAAUAUUUUCUAUGCAUAUAAUAUUUGAGUCAUUUGCAUUUCUGUGAAUAGACGUUUUGGACGUACCGUACGUGCGUAGACGGUUUGGACGAAAUGCGAUAUUUCUUGCUGGGAAAACAUUCUCCGCUGUAAUUGAAUAUCAUGUUUCCUGUGACAAUGUUUCUUGUUUUGAUUUAUUGUUCCAUUCUUUCCGAUCACGUUUAGUGUCCGUACAUUAUAUUUGCCUUUAUGACUGUAGGUAUACUUUACGAGACAAUUUGUUUUGUCAUCGCCAUCCAUUUUCAACAGUAAAUGACGUUCUAACAUA